UGACCUUGGCCCGUUGCUUUAUCUCGACCUGCGUGGGGGAAGCCCGCCGUGUAGCGCUUUUUGACUUGGUGUGGUUUACUUUAUAUAUAUAUAUAUUUCUACUAGGCUGGCAUUUCUCGCUCGGGUAUACUUUUAGACUGCAUAUUUAAUGCUUCGCCUCUUCAGACUGUCGCUCGUCACGCUUUCGUGCGUGGCACUGCUUGCAGCCAAAGUAAUUGCCGAUGAGCUCGAAGAUGUGGUGGGUGAGGUUACCCUGCCUGCUGCCGAGACGCCGGUUUCGCCCAAAGGCUCACAAGGUACAGCGCAUGCACACCCUAUUAUACUGAGUGUUUAGACCGCCAGAGCGCGAAUUACACAGCGAUAUUGGCGCUGUCUUACAACCAAAGGAAUGAUACUAACAUACCCCCUUUUUGAAUCGCAUUUGGUCUGAACGCACACCUGCACCUGUAACGACACACCGAUAGCCGUUGCGGUCGAGCUUACAUUUACAAACUUCAAAAUGGAAGCGAUGCUUGUCGCGCUGGCAAUCGGCCUGGUCGCAAACUAUUUCUACGGAUCGCGGACAAACACCCAGCUUUCAAAGACAUGGGAGAAACCCAUCGCUGAGGUCUUGAAUGCCAACUUUAGCCUUGUCGGCGACGGAAAGCGCGUUUUGGAGUGGGACAGCGCGGCCGACAUGCUCUUGUAUGCCAGCGGGCGUCGCCACUGCAAGUUUGUUCAGGGCCACCUAAUGCUCAAGGCGCGCCAGGACCCUGUUUCUCUGCUCAAUGACCUCGUCGCCAACAACCAGGAGAAGCUCGAAAUGGAGAUUGUUUUGAACGAAGACGAGUUUGUCGGGUUUGUGUUUGCCGCCGUCCAGCGCAAGCGCGCAAAGGCACUCAACCGCGAUCGCUACGACAUCUCCACUUUCACAAAGAUCGUCGCAAACGACAAGAUCUCGCCAAAGCUGGUACUGUUCAGCGAAAACGCCGACGCCACCGCCCAGCUGCUGGAAUCGGGCCUCGGGGACAUCCUGGCCGACGACAGCUCGCUUCUGGAGGAGGUCAUCAUUACCGACAGCCCGGCUGAGAAGCCCGACAGCCACGAGUUCAAGCGCGACAAGAAGCUUUCGGUCGUGAUCCGCCUGCCGGAGGCGACCAACAAUAGCAUCGCGCAGUUCAAGAAGCUGCUCGAGUUUGUGUUCUACCUGGUCGACUACAUUCCCGAGGGCAUUAACCUGCGCCCCGAGUCUGUUAAGAAGCUGACUAAGACGCGCGACGAGGCCUUCAAGGAGUUUUCGCGCAUGGUAGAGCAGGAUAAGCAGGAGGCCCUGGCCAAGGCCUUGUCCGAGAAGCGCCGUAUUGAGCUCGAGCAGGUUGACAAGAUGUCGCCCGAGCAGCGCCGCAAGUGGGAGGAAAAGGACCGCAAGAAGCAGCUCAAGAAGGAGCAGAGCAAGCGCGUUCGCCGCGUCAAGUAGCUUGAACAGAUCAAUACAUACGCCAGCAGAAUAGAAAAUAAAGACAGCCUUUGUGAUGGCGAUGAGAAAUUAUCAGAUUAGGCUGUGUUGCUUUUGGUGUGCGCCAGAAACAGAAAAAAUCAUUUCGCGCUUGUUUGCUGUCAGCCUCAAGCGAAAAGAAAAGGGCGAUCAGCACCUGUCGGUCUGGCAACUAGUCGCAUUACAUUUUAUCUUUAGUUCAAGU